AUGUAUAGGAUAGCGAAUGCAUCUCAAUAUCUAGCCGUAACAGGCGCUGGUAUCGAAGACAUCAAGCUUGUGAAGAAGACAUGGGUGUUUCCAGGGCAGACCUGCACCGUUUUAGACCUUUCCCCUGUAAACUACACCUUCCAAGUCCAAGCCAUGAGCGCCGAGAAGCUCCCUUUCGUCCUCCCGGCGGUCUUCACCAUCGGCCCCCGUGAGGGCGAUAACGACAGCCUCAUCAAGUACGCUAGGCUUAUGUCUCCCCACCACAAAGAAUCUUACCAUGUCAAAGAACUGGUUCAAGGCGUGAUCGAGGGAGAAACUAGGGUUAUCGCUGCUGCCAUGACCAUGGAAGAGAUUUUCAAAGGAACCAAAGAGUUUAAACGUGAGGUUUUUGACAAGAUUCAACUUGAACUUAACCAGUUUGGGCUUGUCGUCUACAAUUGUAACGUUCAACAACUUGUUGAUGUACCUGGUCAUGAGUAUUUUUCUUACUUGGGUCAGAAGACUCAGAUGGAGGCUGCUAACCAAGCCAAGAUUGAUGUAGCCGAGGCAAAGAUGAAAGGCGAGGUUGGUGCUAAGUUAAGGGAAGGACAAACUAAGCAAAAUGCGGCGAAGAUCGACGCCGAAACCAAGAUUAUAGCGACGCAGAGGCAAGGUGAAGGGAAGAAGGAGGAGAUAAGGGUGAACACUGAGGUUAAGGUUUUCGAAAACCAAAGAGAGGCUGAGAUAGCAAAGGCUAAUGCAGAUUUGGCUAAGAAGAAAGCUGGUUGGAGUAAGGAGGCACAAGUGGCGCAGGUGGAGGCAACAAAGGCGGUGGCGUUGCGGGAAGCUGAGCUUCAAAAAGAAGUGGAGAUGAUGAAUGCUGCCACCAUGACUGAGAAGCUUAAGUCUGAGUUUCUUAGUAAAGCUAGUGUUGAUUAUGAUAUAAAGGUGAAAGAAGCCAACCGGGAGCUGUACAAGAAACAAAAGGAAGCGGAGGCAAGAUUGUAUGAGAAAGAAAAACAGGCUGAGGCAGAGAAAUCAAUGGCAGAUGCUGCAUUUUACACUCGUAAACAAGUUGCUGAUGGAGAAUUAUAUGCGAAACAAAAGGAAGCUGAAGGGUUAAUGACACUAGCAAAGGCCCAAGGCAUGUAUCUAAGGACACUCUUAGAAUCAGUGGGAGGCAACUAUGGAGUCCUAAGGGAUUACUUGAUGAUAAAUGCUGGAAUGUUUCAAGACAUUGCUAAGAUUAACGCAGAAGCUGUUCGUGGAUUACAACCAAAGAUCUCCAUUUGGACUAAUGGAGGAGGAGAUGCCGGUGGUGGGGGAGCUGACGGAAAUGUUGCCGUUUCUAAAAAUAGUGCUAUGAAGGAGGUUGCUGGUGUUUACAAAAUGUUGCCACCAUUGUUCGAGACAGUGUAUGAUCAAACUGGCAUGUUACCACCUUCUUAUAUGGGAACAUUAACUCGUCCCCAACCCCCAACAACAGAUUGA